CUGGGAGCCGUAGUCUGGCCCUCACCUCCGGCUGGCUGCUGCAAAGCCGGCUGCCCGCAGCCUUGGGCUGCCCACUGCUUCACUCCUUGGAUGGAGUGCUCCGAGGAGCUGGAGAGCAGGCUCCUGACCCAGCCUUGGGCUUCUGUUUGCUUUGACAAGUCCACUUUUAUUGCCAAAGCUUGCUUUGGGGAUACAAGCUACAUGCUGCUGAUCUCCGACCUCAGCAGUGUCUGGUGCGAGAGUGCCGACGCGGAGGCUGUGGGGCAAAGGUCCAAGGAGCUGAACAAGCGGCUGACGGCCCACGUCUCCUCGGUCUUGCAGCGCCUGCACGGCCUCCUGAGCCCCGUGCUGGCAGGGCAGCCGCACGCCGCCACCUCCUUCUCCUGCCAGCGCCCGGCCGGAGGGCUCAGCCUGCGCGUGAGGAGCGAGCUCUCGGGGCUGCCCUUCUACUGGGACUUCCGCUGCCGCCCCGCUCCCGUGGCGACGGUGUGCCGUCACCUGGUGCGCCCCCUGAUAGGGAUGAGCCUGGCUUUGCAGCACCAGGUGCAAGAGCUGACCUCCCUGCUGCUCCGAAAGGAUGCUGAGAUUGAAGACUACAGGGAGAGCGGGGCCACUCUGAGCAGAGAUCGCCUGCGAACAGAGCCCUUCCGCGAGGAGACAUUUCUGCAGAACUUCAUGGCUGAGAGCCUGCCCCAAAUCUGCAGCGCAGGAGAUGGACACGCAUUCACCUCCGCUCUGCGGCAGCUCUACGUGGCGGUGACGCUGCAGGAGGCCAAGCAGGCUCGGAAACGGCAUCACCCAGAGGACACUGAGGACCUGGCGCCUAUUGCAGAAACCUCAGGGCACCCCGACCCGGCGCCCCAGUCACCAGCAGAUGAAACAGCAUCUUUGAGUGAGGAAGCCACGCCAACCUCCUCCCCGGUGCAGAAGCCCCGGCUACCUGUGGCCAAGGCCAAGCCGAAGAAGGCAAAAGGGCUCUUCAGCUGAGGGGUUGUUGCUGCUGUCCUGAGGGUCUCUGCUCCCACAGCACCUAAGAAAGGAUCACCACAUGUCCUGUGCCUCAUCUGCAUCUCCCUGUGGAUCCUUCUGGGGUCAUUCCUCACUGCCGAGGAGAUGGAGUUUCUUGUCCGCCUGCUGAUA